CUCUAAUCUGCAAAACCCGAGCUCCAAAACUUCACACCACCCUCCCCAACACCACAGAGAAAAUUAAUACGCAUACUUUGCGCACUCAAUCGACGUCCAUAUACACACCACCUCCCAGCCGCGCACCCCACACGCCGCAAAAAGAUGCGCGCCCUCACAGAAGAAGAGACCAAGGUCCUCUUCGCCAAGCUGGCAAACUACACCGGCACCUCGCUCAAGAACCUCAUCGCACCCCUCGACAACUCCCCCAACGGCGACCGCUACGUCUUCCGCCUCCACCAGUCGCGGUGUUACUACGUCCUCCUCUCCAUCGCCAACCUGGCCACCUCCAUCGCGCGCGACCAGCUCUUGUCGCUGGGCACCUGUCUCGGCAAAUUCACCAAAACCCUCAAAUUCCGCCUCCACAUCACCGCCCUCCCCAUCCUCGCCGCCCACGCCCGCCACAAGCUCUGGAUCAAGCCCAACGGCGAGAUGCCCUUCCUCUACGGCGGCCACAUCCUCAAAGCGCACGUAGGUCGGUGGUCCGAGGACUGCCCAGAGCACCAGGGUAUCGUGGUGUACAGCAUGAACGAUACGCCGCUGGGCUUUGGGGUGACGGCGAGGAGUACGCAGGAGGCGAGACGGUUGGAUCCGACGGGGAUUGCGGCGUUUAGGCAGGCGGAUUGUGGGGAGUUUUUGAGGGAUGAGGAUACGUUGUUUUCGACGCAGUAGAGGGGGGGAGAUAGGGGAAAGGAAAAGCGAAAGGGA